AUGGCAAUGGAUGACACUCUUGUGGGCGACAUUUACAUCAACAUGACACGCGAGGCACAACUAUUUGUUGCCGUUUACGUCACUACAUUGGGCACGGUAGCCACCAUUGGCAACAUCAGUACACUCAUCAUACUUCUGCGCUUCAGCACCUUCCGCAAAAAAUCCAUCAACUUCAUCCUGAUCAACAUGGCGGUCAGCGAUCUGGGUGUGUCAAUAUCUGGAUAUCCCAUGACGUCAUCCUCGGCCUUCGCCGGUCAUUGGCUGUUUGGUGACAGUGGUUGUCGGUAUAUCGCUCUUUGCGUGUAUACUUUCUCGUGCUCGUCAAUAGGAUCUCACGUUGCACUGGCCGUCUACAGAUACAUCUACGUCUGCAAGCCGUCUUUGAUUAGGGGAGAGGGUUUGCACCAUGACUUCCUCUGGCCAUCAGUGUUUUCACCCACUAUAAUGUCUCUCACAGAGCACAAGCUGACCCCAAAGGUCACCUUCAAGGUCAUGGGGAUCAUCUGGGCGUAUGUGUUCUUCUGGACCCUCACGCCGUUCCUGGGCUGGAGCAGCUAUACAUACGAGCCGUUCGGUCUGUCCUGUUCUCUGGACUGGACUGGUCGCAGUGUCUCCCACCUUAGCUACAACACGGCCUGCGUCUUGGGUGUUUUCUUUGCACCCUUGAUUAUCAUUCUGUACUGUUACUUCCGGGUAGCCAAGCGGAGUAAUCAAGUGGACCCGACCCGCAUGGAGGAGAAGGACUUAGGCGUGGUCAUGUUUCUGCAGAUGCACAGGAAAGACGUCAAGGUCGAUUUUCACGUGACAAAGAUGUGUAUUAUGAUGACGGCAAGUUUCGUGAUAGCUUGGACCCCGUACGCUGUCGUCUGUAUCUGGGUGGUUUUCAGCAGACUUGAACUCAACACAGCAACGGCCCUGGCCCCAACGCUUUUCGCUAAAUCCUCCUGUAUGAUGAACCCCCUUAUUUACUUCAUAGCCAGCUCCCGCUACAGGCGAGACUUUCUCCGGAUGUUCAGGGCCUCGCAGAGUGGGGCACCGGCUUUGCAGGGCAGCGGCGGCGGCGCCGGUUUGCCCCUGGCCGACGUGAGCCGGAGUCAAAAGGCGGGACCGUCCACGGCCAGCGACAACACCCGAGGCGCCCUGUACCUCCGUCGGACUACGUCGCCCUCGGGAGAUGUGUCGGCCUCCAUGUACUUCAACAAGGAACGCAUCUACAUUGGGGAUAUCAAGCCAUCAGGCAUCGACAGGGAGGCUAAAUUGAUCCAUAAAGACCCUGAUGUGUUGUCCAUGUCUUCAUCCAACACCUCUGAGUACCAGGUCGUUGUCAAGGAGACGAAAAAGGCUGAGGAGCCCACAAUUGAACUGGAGAUAAAAGGGGAGUAG